AUGGAGGUGCCGGUGGCUCCGAGAAAGACGUGCGACAAGUGUUACUUGCGUAGGAUCAAAUGCGACCGCCAGCGGCUGCGCUGCUCUAACUGCAUUACUUACGCCACAAAUUGCACAUACGCUGCUCCGAGUCGCCCAUCUCGGCCUCGGCUGAAGAAGCAAUCGCCCUUCACUAGCGCCUCGACGACCGCUCCCGAUAUGGCCAAUUUGCAUGCCUUUGUCAUGCAACUACAGGGCCAGGUAGCCGAGCUGACCCAGCGACUUGGCCAGAACGUCCAGCAGCAACAACCCCCGGUGACGACGACGCCCAUUAUAGCACCCUCCCUCAAGACCUUACUCAAACUGCGAGACCCAGUAUCGUGGGCCGCCAUCAAUGCUGUCUUGGCUUUGGCUUAUAAGCAGAACUUAACGGUGAACUCUGGUCUCCGGGCCGUCAUGCUUGGCGACACGGCGCUGCUCAAUGUCCAAGUCCUCAUGGCGAUAACUGUGCUUCUCCAGGCAUCCAAAGACCUGAAGCCGUCUCUGAUCCUUAUCGCCACGGUGCUGCGUCUAGCUCACGAGCUUGGACUGCAUACUCGUGCUGCCGCAGCCCACCUUAAACCCGACAUCGCGUAUACCCUCGACAAAGAUCUGAGCAUGCGCACUCGCAAGCCAUCCAUCCAGAACGACGAUGAUAUUGACGUUGACAUGCCCGCGCCCGUCCCCGAUCAUCACCAUUCCCUGAACCCUGGUGAUCAUCCAGGUGACGACGCAGAUAACGAAAGCGUGGGUGUGGUCACUACGCUGUCUGGGAACGCCAGGGUGAACUACUUCCUGGCCCGUAUCCGGUUCGCCAACAUACAGGGAGGAAUCUACGACUACCUCUACUCGGCGCGGGCUCAGACACGGAGCGCAUACAAGCGCGCCUUUGCACUCGAGAGCCUUGUCAACGCGCUCGACGAAUGGAGGCUGUCCAUCCCGCCCGAGUUCGGUGCUAUCUUGGCACCCAAAACAUUGUCUCCCGAGUCGCUCUCCUUCUUCUGCGUCUUGCACGCUACCAGUUUCGCCUGCACGACCACGAUCAACCAGGCACACGCCUGGAACGAGAAGUGGUUGGAGAAUCUGCGCAACUACUACAAGCAGUCUAGCCAGGGGCCUAUGCGGGAAAACGAACACUUGCAGGUGGUUCGCAGCGCAUGUUUCGAGCUAAAUCACUAUGCGUUGAGGAAACGGGAUGAGACUUUUACCAUGGAGCUUAGCAACUAUAGCGUCUUCUAA